AUGUCCUCAAAUCUUUUCCCCAAGCGCUGGGAGAUCGAGUCCGAGACGCGUCAGCUCUUCGAGCUCUCUGGUCUCAAUUCCAUCACCAUGAUCUCACCUCCUCGCUCAGGGCGCCGGGAGAGGCAAUUCGAGUUGGAGACGUCUUUCCUCUUCGAAUUCUCCGGUCUCGAUUCCAUCUCCAUCCGUGUCUUCGCUCAGGAAAUAACUAGCUGCGAAUACGGCGACAUGCCCCCCGAGAUCCGUAGGCAAAUGCUCCAGCACUACUAUUCCUAUCCUCUCCUCCCGCACGAGACGCCGAGAGUUAUCAAGGCCCUGAGACCAGCCCCGUUGCUUUACGAAGAGGCUCUGCAGGAGUUCGCCGCUACCCAUACUUUCACGUUCAAUAAGUAUAAUGGGUUUAGCUUCAAUAAGCUGUCUGACGCUGCUAUUGCCCGGAUCAAGAAUUUGAAGCUUUGCAUCACCGACGAGCAAUUCCUCAGCUUGAGUACUCAUGAUUUCAAACUAUUGACCAGGGUGACGCCUGCUUUUAUCCAGUCUAGAUUAGUCAAGGCCACGGGCGUCAAGCACGUAGUUCUCAAGGUCACUGUCGGUCAGAAGGACGAUCUCGAAUUCGUAUCGAGCCUUGCUGGCUACGUCGCCACAUUCAAUAAUCUCCUCACGCUCAAGUUAGAGCUGACUAUCUCCUGGGCUCAGUUUGCUGCCUAUGGGGCUCGCGGAGCUAUGAUCGAUAUGGCAUUGAAGCAGCUUUGUGAAUCAUCGGGCGUGGUUCCAACGACGUAUCAAGGGCAGUUCACUUUUGCUAUGGGGACGCGUGAUACUUGGGGCUGGGAGGCGCCUGAUGGUAAGGGGAUAGACUUCUCGAAAUUGCUGGGAUCGAAUAGACCCGAGUCAGAGGAAUGGAUUAAUCUGACGGGUUGGGCACUACGGUACUGAAAAGGAUGACUGAGACUGAGGG